AUGGGUAUCUUUGAAAGUUUGAGCGAUCUGUUAGAAGCAGCUAUACCAUGGACUGAGGCUCACGCCGAGGCGCCACCUGUAGAGGCAGAAGAGGAAGUCAAUCAAACUGAAACCAAAGCGGCUGAGCCGCAGGAAACAUCCGAAGAGCAAGAACAGCCAACAGAGCAAGCUGAAGAUGCGGAAGAGGUAGAAGAGGAAGAGGAAGAGACUGUUGAUCCCAAAGAAGUACUAGAAGAGGAAUGCAAGAAUUCUGCUUCUUGCUCUCCAGCGAAACAUCAUUUUGAAGACUGUGUAGAGCGUGUUACUGGCGCUCAGGAAGGAACUGCAGAUGAGGAUUGCGUUGAGGAAUUCUUUCAUCUUAUACAUUGUGCAUCUUCAUGUGCAGCCCCUAAGCUCUGGUCGACCCUCAAAUAG